GGAAGCGGCGUCGCCUGCGACUUGGCCCGGCGGCGGCACCCGGCGGCCUUGCCCAGCUGAGCUCGGCAGCCCGCCCGCCCGCAUUAUGUUCAACGUGGAGAGCCUGGAGCGCGCCGAGCUCGGGGAGAGUCUGCUCACCUGGAUCCAGACAUUUAAUGUUGAAGCACCAUGCCAAACUGUGGAAGAUUUAACGAAUGGGGUUGUGAUGGCCCAGGUGCUUCAAAAGAUAGAUCCAGCAUACUUUGAUGAAAACUGGUUAAACAGAAUCAAAACAGAAGUAGGAGACAAUUGGAGGCUAAAGAUAAGCAAUUUGAAGAAAAUUUUAAAAGGAAUAUUGGAUUACAAUCAUGAGAUUUUAGGGCAGCAGAUUAAUGACUUUACCCUUCCUGAUGUUAACCUGAUUGGAGAGCACUCAGAUGUUGCAGAGCUUGGAAGAAUGCUUCAGCUCAUUUUGGGAUGUGCUGUGAAUUGUGAGCAGAAGCAAGAAUACAUCCAGACCAUCAUGAUGAUGGAGGAGUCUGUUCAACAUGUUGUCAUGACAGCUAUUCAGGAGUUGAUGAGUAAAGAAUCUCCAGUCUCUGUUGGAAAUGAUGCUUACGUUGACCUUGAUCGUCAGUUGAAGAAAACUACAGAAGAAUUAAAUGAAGCUUUAGCAACAAAAGAAGAAAUUGCCCAGAGGUGCCAUGAAUUAGAUAUGCAGGUUGCAGCACUUCAAGAGGAGAAAAGUAGUUUACUAGCUGAGAACCAGAUCCUGAUGGAACGUUUGAACCAAUCUGAUUCUAUAGAAGAUCCCAACAGCCCUGCAGGGCGUAGGCACCUGCAACUGCAGACACAGUUAGAACAGCUCCAGGAGGAAACAUUUAGGCUAGAGGCAGCCAAAGAUGAUUAUCGAAUACGUUGUGAAGAGUUGGAAAAAGAAAUUGCAGAAUUGCGACAGCAGAAUGAAGAGCUAACCACUUUAGCAGAAGAGGCUCAGUCUUUGAAGGAUGAGAUGGAUGUACUUAGGCAUUCCUCUGAUAAAGUGGCUAAGUUAGAAAGCCAGGUAGAGUCAUACAAAAAGAAGCUGGAAGAUCUUGGUGAUCUGCGGCGGCAAGUAAAACUCUUAGAGGAGAAGAACACUAUGUAUAUGCAAAACACUGUAAGCUUAGAGGAAGAACUAAGGAAAGCCCACGCAGCCCGUAGCCAGCUGGAAACAUACAAGAGACAGGUAGUUGAACUACAAAACAGAUUAUCUGAAGAAUCAAAGAAAGCAGAUAAAUUAGAAUUUGAAUACAAAUUGCUGAAAGAAAAAGUAGAUGGCCUCCAAAAAGAAAAAGAUAGGUUAAGAACGGAAAGAGAUUCCCUAAAAGAAACUAUCGAAGAGCUUCGAUGCGUACAAGCACAAGAAGGGCAGCUCACAACUUCAGCAGGAUUGAUGCCACUGGGAAGCCAGGAGUCUUCAGACAGUCUAGCAGCAGAAAUUGUUACUCCUGAAAUCAAUGCCAGAUGCUUCAGAGGAAAUGAACAAAACAGAGCAAGUUUGAAUGAUCCAUCCCCGUCAUCCAGUCCCAACAUCUACAGUCGGACUCAUAGGGACACCCAGAGCAUGGGGUUGUGUUCCUGACCAUCUUGGCUGAUAGCCAUUGGUGCUCCCAUCCUCCAUGAAUUUUAUCUAAUUCUUUUUUGAACUCAUUUUAUAAUUUUGUCCUUCACAACAUCCCAUGACAGCAAGUUCCGCAGGUUGACUGUGUGUUGUGUGAAGAAGUACUUUCUUUUGUUUGUUUUAAAUCUACUGCCUAUUAAUUUCAGUGUGUGACCCCAUAGUUCAUGUGUUAUCUGAGGGGGUAUGUAACACUCCCUUAUUCACUUUCUCCAUGCCAUUCAUGAUUUUAUAUUUCCAUACUCCCAAUCAUUUGUAUCUUUUCCAAUUCUAGUAGAUCUUUUCUGGGAUGAAACAACCAGAACUGCACAUGAGGUAUAGGUGUACCAUGGAUUUAUGAUAUUUUUUGUCUUAUUAUCUGUCGCUUUCCUAAUGGUUCCAAACAGUCUGUUAGCUUUUUUGACUGACGCUGCACAUUGAGCGAAUGUUUUUAGAAAACUAUCCGCAAUGAUUCAAAGAUCUUUCUUCAGUGUUAGCAGCUACUUUAGACCCUAUCAUUUCGUAAGUAUAGGUGGGAUUAUUUUUUUCUAAUGUGCAUUAUUUUGCGUUUAUCAAAAUUGAAUUUCAUCUGCCAUUUGUUGCCUAAUCACCCAGUUUUGUGAGAUUCCUUUGUAGCUCUUUGUAGUUGGCUUUGAACUUAACUAUCUUUUUGUAUUGUGCAAAUUUUGCCACUUCACUGUUCACCCUGUUUUCCAGAUCAUUUAUAAAUAUGUUGAACAGUACUGGUCCCAGUACAGAUCCUUGGAGGAUCCCACUAUUUACCUCUCUCCAUUUUGAAAACUGACCAGUUAUUCCGACCCUGUAUUUCCUAUCUUUUAACCAGUUACUGAUUCAUUAGAGGACCUUCCCUCUUAUCCCAUGACGGCUUUCUUUGCUUAAAAGUCUUCAGUGACGGACCUUGUCAAAGGCUUUCUGAAAGUCCAAGUACACUAUGUCCACCGGAUCACCUUUGUCCGCAUGCUUGUUGACUCCCCCAAAGAAUUCUGAUAGAUUGGUAAGGCAUGAUUUUCCUUUACAGAAGCUGUGUUGACUCUUCCCCAACAUAUUAAGAUUAUCUACAUUUCUGAUAAUUUUGUUCUUUACUAUAAUUUCAACCACUUUUCCUGGUAAUGAAGUUAGAUACUGGCCUGUAAUUUCAAGGAUCACCUCUGGAGCCUUUUUUAAAAUAGGCAUUACAUUAGCUACCCUCAAUCCAUCUUGUAUAGAAGCUGAUUUAAGCGAUAGAUUACAUACCACAAUUUCACAUUUUAGUUCCUUCAGAAAUAUCAUUUUAUCUUGGUGUCUCAUUACUAUUUAAUUUAUCAGUUUCUUCCAAAACCACCUCUACUGAUGCCUCAAUUUGGGACAGUUCUUCAGAUUUGUCAUCUAAAAGGAUGGCUGAGGAGUGGGGAUCUCCCCAUAGCUUCUGCAGUGUAGACCUAUGUGAAGAACUCAUUUAACUUCUCCACAACAGCCUUGUGUUCCUUGAGUGCUCCUUUAGCAUCUCGAUUAUCCAGUGGCCCCACUGAUUGUUUGGCAGGUUUCCUGCUUCUCAUGUACUUUCAAAAACUAACAGCAACUUUUUUUUUGUCUUUUGCUACUUGCUCUUCAAAUUCUUUUUUGGCCUUCCUGCUUUACAGUUUUACAUUUAACGUGCCACAGUUUAUGCACCUUUCUAUUUUCCUUACUAGUAUUUGACUUCCAAUUUUAAAGGAUGCCUUUUUGCCUCUAACCACCUCUUUUACUCUGCUGUUUAGCCAUGGUGGCAUUUUUUAGUCUUCUUACUGUCUUUAUUAAUUUGAGGUAUACAUUUAGUUGGAGCCUCUAUUGUGGAGUUUUUAAAUAGUCUCCUUGCAGUUUGCAGGCAUGUCUCCCUUGUGACUCUUCCUUUUAAUUUCUAUUUGAAUACCUUCUUUUUUAUGUAGUUCUCCUUUUUUGAAGUUGAAUAUUACUGUAGUGGGUUUCUUUGGCAGUUUUCCCCCUAUGGGGAUGUUAAAUUUAAUUACAUUAUAGUCACUGUUACCAAGCUCUUCAGCUAUAUUCACCUCUUAGACCAGACUCUGUGUUCCGCUUAGGACUAAAUCAAGAACUGCUUCUCCGCUUGUGGGUUCCAGGACUAGCUGCUCCAAGAAGCAGCCAUUUAAGGUGUCAAGAAACUUUAUCUCUGCAUCCCAUCCUGAGGUGACAUGUACCCAGUCAACAUGGGGAUUGUUGAAACCCCCAUCAUUAUUGCAUUUUCUGCCUUUGUAGGUUCUCUAAUCUCCCUAAGCAUUUUACAGUCCCCUUCACCACCUUGGUCAGGGGGUUGGUAGUAUAUUCCUACUGCUAUACUCUUACUGUACUCUUACUAUGGUAACUACAUUCCAGUAAUCCUUUUUGAAGAGGACUACAUUAAUGCAAAGUAGGAGUCAUUUAGUUUGUACCCAAAGCAUUCACAUGGGGGCAGUUACAGGACAGAAUUUUGGUAUGCACUGCUGUUCACACCCCAAGACUCGACUUCUGCAAAUGCUUGCUGCUAGUAUAGUGCUCACUAUGAUGAAUAGUGCUUCCGGUGUGUAGGGAACUACACGCAACAGUAAGUGCUUUUCCAGCAAGCAGUUGCAGGGCUAGGCCCUUAAGUGCCCUCAGUUCUGAAUCACUUAUUUCUUUACUGUUUCAGAACUCUGAAUAAAAAGAAGAUUUUCAUAUAGAGGCUUGGGAAAAGCAGUACAAGAUACCUUUGAUAUAGGCUUCCUAUGGUAAAUAGGCAGCUACCAUGUUUUAAAACCAGACAGAAAAGGUCUUGGGGAAAGUCCCAUUUAGCAGUUGUAAGCAUGCACUCUGAUCAAUAUAUUACACAAUCUGCACAUUAUUAUGAUACUGUGCGAGUUCAUCAACUAUAACUUUGGCCUGGUCUACACUGGCGGUGAGGGGAUCGACCUAAGAUACGCUCUUUAGCUACGAGAAUAGCAUAGCUGAAUUCGACGCAUCUUAGGUCGACUUAUCUUGCAUCUCACGGCGCAGGGUCGACUGCCGUCACUCCCCCGUCGACUCCACUUCCACCUCUCGCUGCAGUGGAGUACAGGAGUCGAGGGCAGAGAAAUCGGGGAUCGAUUUAUUGCAUUUCAGUAGAUGCUAUACAUCGAUCCCUGGUCCAGCGGGUAGUGUAGACAUACCCUUUGAUAAAACCUGCAGUCAGUUCCAAGCUAACUUUAGCCUCUAUUUUUAAAAAGAGCUUUCCCUUCUAAUAUUGUCAGCGAUGCACACUCUUGUGAUGUACCUGCAUAUUCCAUACUAUUUCCAGCGCCCUCUGGAAAUCUUUGUUCUUUGGGGGCCAUGCAGACUUUACCUUGAGCUAUGAAAAGUUUGAGGCUGGGCUUUAGAAGGAGCCAUACCUUCUGUUCCUUCCAGUCUCCAAAGCAGCAAAUUAGAAAUCCUUGACUUUCAGUCUUUAGGUCAUUUUCCUUUGUUAUUUCUCCUUGGUCAAGAGUUAGUUUUUAUUGUAACGUCAACUAAAUAUAGUAAUAGGUAGAGUUAGUUUUUCUGUUUACAAGUAUUUAGGGAUUAAGUUGUUUCAGUUUUAUAGUGAUCUCUCUCUCGUAUCCUCAGUGUGACAGUGAUUCCGCCAUGGUGGCAGAGCCAGGGAGAAAGAUGAGCUUUUAAGACCUAACCUUGCUGGAGAGGCAGAAAAUCUGUAAUGGUAUGUCUACACAGCCCCGUGCCAGCAAGCCUCCCAGCCCGGAUUGACAGACUUGGCCUCAUGGUGCCAUACUAACAGUGGCUGUGUAGACAAGGCUUUGAAGAUGCAGCUCAGGCUGGAGCUUGGGCUCUGAUGCCCACCCCCAUCCCUAGGCUUCAGUGCCCAACCUACAGCCCAAGCUGCAAUGUCUACACAACUACUUGUAGCAUGGUAGCGCAAGCCCAGAUCUGUCGACCCAGGCUGGGAGACUCUCUGUCGUGGGCGGUAUAGACGUAUAAUAACGGACCUUGAUACUCAGUGCUUCAGUGGGAGGUACUUACCCCAAGAUGCUCUAUCUGCUUGCAGUUUAUUACUUGUUCCCAUAACUACCUGGGUCUCUACUCUGGUUGAUGCUGAUGGAAAAAGAUAUAGUUUCCAGGGCAGAGUCUGAGCCAUCUCUGGGCCUUUCUUUCAAGCUCCAUCCUUGAGGCAAAUCAAAGUUCAACUCUGCUAGGGACUGGAAUGUUUUGAAGAGUGACUUCAGAUUUGGUACUGAAAGUUUCUUUCUUGGUAUUACGAGAUCAUGAGAGAAAGCAGAAAAAGCAGCACCAUCACUCCUUAGAGAACCACUCCUCUUCAGUAAGAUGUAGGGAUAGUGGUUCCAGCAGGGAUUGACAACAAAGAGCCAUCAACUACUGAGGUAGGUUGUUUGAAGAAGGAAGGGAUUCUAGGUAAAAUGUUCCUUUAACAAUGAACUUCCAGGAGAAACACCGCCUUUUAGAUAUCAUAGAUCCUCUCAGUCUUUCUUUCAUUGGACUGUCGUAAAAAGUAAUCUUAUUUUAGCAAUCAGAAAUCCAGGACUGACUGAAUACAAGAGCAGUCCUCAACUUGCAGCCAUGUGUUGCCAGAGUACACAUUCCUUCUCUGGUGUAUCCCCCCUUUGCCACUGGGGGCCUCCAGGCGGUAGUGUAGAAGCCAAAGGGCCAGCUUUACACCAUCCCUGACUUGUUCUUCACAAGGGGAAUCCCUAGCUGGGCAGGACCAUCAGCUUUCUGACUCAUUUACAUGCCAGAAUGGGUCUUAUGAUUGACCCCUAAGCUUCUUGUGCCCCUUAUAUCGUCCAGCAGAAAUGGUGAGCCCCAAGUUUCAGUGGCUGACUUGUUCACUCUUGUGU